AUGCGAAAUCAAACCGAACAUCCAAAAAUCUCCAUACCGCGCCUCUCUCCUCUGUGUCCGUACUUCACUACUUCCAUCCUCCCGUUCAUUCCAUUCCCUAGGACUCUAGGAGUUAACUGCUCAACCGGGGCAACUCACUGGGGUGCUGUUACUAGUGGUUUUAACAUAUUCAGCAAAUUGAUAACAGAAAUUGGAGAUCCUGUUGACUUUGAACUUCCUGACUGGCUAAAUAUGUGGCAGCCCGAGCCAUACACCUUUAUAAAACGCAAUAUAUAUCUCACUAAGAGGAUUAAGAGGCGUUUGGAAGAUGAUGGCUUAUUUUGUUCCUGCAACUCAGUGGCUGGAUCUUCUGAUGUGUGCGGUAGGGAUUGCCUCUGCAGCAUGCUAAUGUCUAGCUGCUCAUCGGGAUGUAAAUGUGGAGGUUCAUGCCUCAAUAAACCUUUCCAUCAACGUCCUGCCAAGAAGAUGAAAAUAGUGAAGACUGAGAAAUGUGGAUCAGGAAUCGUUGCAGAUGAAGAUAUUAAGCAAGGAGAGUUUGUUAUAGAAUAUGUUGGGGAAGUUAUUGAUGAUAAGACAUGUGAAGAGAGACUUUGGAAAAUGAAACACCUUGGGGAAACUAAUUUUUACUUGUGUGAAAUUAAUCGGAAUACGGUUAUUGAUGCAACUUAUAAGGGAAACAAAUCAAGAUACAUUAAUCAUAGUUGCUGUCCAAAUACCGAGAUGCAGAAGUGGACGAUUGAUGGUGAAACAAGAGUAGGCAUAUUUGCAACGUGUGACAUAAAAAAGGGAGAACAUCUGAGCUAUGAUUAUCAGUUUGUACAAUUUGGUGCAGAUCAGGAUUGCCACUGUGGAGCUGUAGGAUGUAGACAAAAACUUGGUGUCAAACCAACCAAGCUGAAGAUUUCCUCUUCAGAUGCUGCAUUGCAUUUAGCGGCCUGUCAGGUGGCAGCUACUUCUCCCAAAGUGAGAACACUAUUGUCUGCAAGACCUGAGGAGGCAACAGAUCAUGCACAUUUAAACGUUGAUGGCUCGUCUUCAAUUCCAGUCAAUCAAGAUUUGGUGGGUGUUUUAGUAAGUACAGAUCAGGCAGAUUUAAACAUUGAUGGCUCGUCUUCAAUUCCAGCUGAUCAAGAUUUGGUGGGAGUUUCAGUAAAUAAUGUUGAUGAAGCUUAUGAGUUGUAUAACGAUUAUGCUUAUAGAGUUGGUUUUAGUGUGAGGAAGGGUAAACAACUUUAUAAAGGUUCUACUAACACAAUUAAAAUGAAGAGAUUUUACUGUUCUCAGGCCGGUUAUAAGGUUAAGGUAAACACUGUUAAGGCUUAUUCAAAAAUUGAUUUAAGGACGGGAUGUGGUGCAUUUGUUCAGUUUGGUGUAGAUGGGAAUGGGGUGUGGACAGUUACAAGACAUGAGAAAGGGCACAAUCAUGAGUUAUGCGCUUCAGACAAGAGACAUCUACUUCGUUCACAUAGAACUGAUAGAAGAGUGAGAAAUAAUCAGCUUUGUUCACACAGACAUCUACUUGGUGUUGCUCCUUCCGUUUGGGUUGUUGAGAUGACUAGGAAAUUUCAAAGAUUGAUUGUUUCUAGUCAAGACAACAAUGUAGCUAGACAGUUUUGUGAGGAAGCUUUUGAAAAUGCAAAUAAAAGAAUUGAAGCUGAGCUUGGUUAUGUGCAUAUCGAAGAGUUUGAUGUUUCAUCUUCAAGUGAUAUGAAUAAGUCCCUAGAAGUUUGAAUAUGAAAUUCAUGUUGUAUGGAUUUUCCACUAGAGUAUUAGUCUAGCAUCAUGGAUGUGUGUUUUCAUUAUGUUAUUGUUUCCUUGUAUCCAA